AUGGGUCGUACAAGCACCGAAGACGCACCUCGCUCUGGAAGGCCAAAAGAGGCUACGAAUGCGGAAAUCGUAAAGCAAGUGCAUCGAAUCGUUUUGAGUGAUCGUAAAGUGAAGUUGCGCGAGUUAACUGAGGCCGUGGGCAUCUCAAAAGAACGGGCGGGAUACAUUUUGCACGAUGUUUUGGAGAUGAAAAAGCUAUUGACACAAUGGGUGCCGCGUUUGCUGACCAUCGAUCAAAAACAGCAGCGUGUUGAUGAUUCAACGGUCGGUUUGGCGUUGUUACAGCGUAAUCGAGCGGACUUUUUUCGACGUUUUGUGACGAUGAAUGAAACGUGGGUCCAUUACCAUAUGCCUGAGUCCAAUAGGCAGUCUGCAGAGUGGCUGAAAAGCCACGAAAGCCGACCAAAGCGGCCAAAAGACCAACGCUCGGCCGGGAAGGGUAUGGCCUGA